AUGGAAGUGACGCUCGAUGCGCUCAAGAAGCACAUCCCCCGCCCUCCCUCCGUAUCCUCUCCACUGCCCACAUCCUCCACUGCCAACGCACCCGGUCUUAACACGAAUGCUAGCGCCCAAAGUCUCCCUCCCAUUGAGGACGCCCAUCGACCGCUGCAAGAAAUUGGCGAUACGUUCAUGUAUGUUGCCUAUUACGGUUCUUCCGCAACGCCUCAUCAUCCCAACACUGGUGGCACAACACCACUCCAGCAAAACCCAAGGCCAAGUUCCAUCUCUCAUCACAGCCUGAGUCUUGUAGAAGAUGCUGGAAUACUGGACAAUGCAUGGGCGGAAGAUACACGAGGUCUACUGCAGCUUGAGGAUGGUCGUCCACCGCUGCAAGGGCAAGGGCACCUAAUUGAUGAUACCCAAGACAGUGUUCAUUUCUUCUCCGAAGAGUUUCAUCAUCCCAACACUGACGAGACGCACCUCCAGCCACGCUCAAGGCCAACUUCCAUUUCUCAUCACGGCAUCAGUCUCGUAGGAGUUGUUGGGGUUCAGGACAAAGGGGCAUUACAUGUUACUCGGCGGCCUAAACGAGGACGGUGGAAGGCUGUCCGGGUAGCCGCCACUACGCCAUCUGCUACUCCCACGGCGGGUACGCAGUCACGUCCUGCUCUAAUCAUUGACGACCCCACACGGUGGACUCGUUUAUGGUUGUUUCUCGGCGGUGUGUCCGUUCGAUCCACCAAUUCGUAGAGAAAUAGCGCAUGGAGUGGAGAACUAUUUCCGUUUUUCUAUCUUUCUUUUGCUUUGUUAGCUCGUUAUGGAACCAGUCAGUGGUGUAUGUGUGAGGUGAGUUUGGAGUACCUGUGACUGCGUAGUCGUGUGGAUCUUGGGGGCUGUUUUGUCGUUGGUGCUGACAGUCAUUAUGCAAUCACCUGAUGGUUGUUAGUACGAACCUAUCUAUGGUGGUCUUUAGAAGGAGAUGAAGAUGAAGUGGAGAGAGACUUACGCGGCAGAAAUCACCAUUGACGAGGACUUUGAGCUCAUAUUCCCGUUGGUGAGUCCUCAAGGCCCCUCGAUAUUCAACAAUUAUUCGUUUGG